UUCUACCGCUUCUGGCAAGAUAUACCUCUGGAAAGGUCGCGGUUGCUCAGCAGAAGAACUUUCCGGUGCGCGCCUGAUGGGCAUGGACCUCGCGCCCACGGGCGACUUCCAAGAAAUCAACGAAGGCUCCGAGCCCCAGCACCUCAUCAACAUUUUUCCGCCACCCUCUCACAAAGGCCCUGCAAUCCCACGCUCCGCCGAUCACUGGCGCUACAAAGCCACCUCAGACCGCUACCGUGCACGGCUGUACAAGAUAGACCAGCAACAAGAGGCCUCUGGAGGAUGGGGGCAAAGUCUGCAGGUGGGUUCCUUCUUCGCGAACCUGCGCCGCAGCUCGUUUGCGCAGUCGCUCUCUCCCACUUCUACUGGGGCUCACGCUGAACUCGGCCCACAGACGCCUACCACCCCCAAGAGCCCACUGCCGCCGGGCGUUACGACGAAGGCCGUGGAGAUUAUGCCUUUCUGCCAGCGCGACCUGGAGCCAGAGUACAUCUAUGUGCUGGAUGCUUUCUUUGAGAUGUACAUGUAAGUUUGACCACACCCUUCAACGCCCUGGACCAGAUGCUAAUUUGCUGCAGUAUCG